AUGAAAAGAGGAUCGUCACACAGUUAUCAAAGUUGGAGAGGAAGCACUGGAGAAGGCUACAGCAGAGGCAGAGGCUUUCGUGGACGAUGGCGAGGCGAUAAUAAUUCCGAUAGAGGUUUGAUUCGAUUUAAAAAAAUGUAUGCAUAACUGAACGAAAAAAAGACAAAUUGCUUUCCUUUUCAUUCUUUUCUUUCAAUUUUCUAAGGACAUCCUCCUGUAUGCAAUUUGCACUAGAAUAGAAUAACCAUCGAACGAAAUCAGAAAAAAAUUAUUAAAUCGCAUCAAAGUCCGCAGUUCGAGCAUCAAAUUCGAAUCGGUAACUUCUUGCUAUCUCUCAAAAGCUUACAGGCCGAGGACAAAGAGGAGGCUUCGGAUCAACGGCGCCUGACUACAGCAGUCCUUACCAGCCUUCCAGUGAACCUUCUGCAGAACGGAGAGGUUGGCAUCCUCGAGGACAGCAACGAGUCUUUCGCGCACCUUUCGACCAGAAUCACGGCCGACGAUUCAACGCCAGGAGUCGCGGUCGAGGCGGCGGCUUCCACGGCAACAGGGUUUGCGUUUUUAAAGUUCAUCUCUCAAAUACAUAUAGUGAAAAAGAGAGUGAAAAGUUCAAAAGAAGAAAAAUUACAGGAAAACUCGAAGUCGUACAAUGUAAGCGACUACGUGAUGCCGUCGAUGUGGGCGAAUCCUUGGGAAGCGCUCGACGCCGAGUACGCCAAGGACCUUCAAGAUGCAAGGGAGGCUUUCAAAGCACAGGAAAACAAUUUAUUAUGA